AUGGGUACUAAAUCAGUUACUUCCCUUAACUCCACCUGGGCGGACUGACCCGCCCUGACACAAACAUAUACAACACAGUAGUUUCGUCAACUUAGUAACACUUAGCCACAAAAUAGUUUUAGGUCAAAACCAACAUGAACGUACACACCUAAAGAUAGCCAGGAUUUGUCAAGCAACUGCAAUUGCUUGGAUUCCCACCACGAAUCAGAAAUCAUACAACACUAAUAUAUCUUGGUUUAACCAGGAUCUUCAUUCAAGUUCCAUAAGAUUUAUGCAGCUUUAAACGAAGAGACCCUGUUUUAGUGGAUAAGAGAGGAGGACAGAACAAUCGAGGAUGUCGCAACUGGUGCAGAUGACCCGCCAUGUGACCUCCUGGCUGGGCUGGACACCGACGGCACCGUGCGAUUGUCCGCCGGCGGAGGAGGAUGCGUUCCAGGAGUCAUCCGGCUUUGUCACCGUCAUGGUUCUCUAUCUGGGCAUGGCUGGCCUCUUUGCCGCCCUAAAUCUCUGCACCACUUCCAGUGGGGACCUGGCACGGGCACGGGCCAAGCGGGAACUGGCGGCGUUGGAGCGACGGCAGGCUCAGCGGAUGGGGCGGCACGACAGGAGGACAGGGACAUGCCUGCCGGAUUGGCUGGUCAAACUGCCAUCCCUGAUCCGCGAGGUGGUUGCACCCAGGCGUCCGGCUAUCAUGCAGCAGAGAUUGCGGAUGCGGCAGCGCCGGCAGAAGGAGCGGGAGCUGGAGAUGGAGCGAAAGCGACUGGAGCAGGAGACCCUGACUUGGCAGGAUGUCAUUGAGGAGGGCAUGGAGGUGGUGGCUCCCAGCAGUCUUGUGCCCCAGCGCCAAAAGUCCUUCUACUUUGACCUUCCCUCAGAGUCCGAGUAAACGCAGUCCACUUCAUAUCCACCCACCAAUCUAUUCCAAAUCACACUGUAAGACUCAAUAAAGAGUCCGAAAAAAAUCACAGCUAA